UCACAUCUCACUCCCUCCACUCCGCACACCACACCACACCACACAGCAACCAGCCAGCUGCCACACUAGCUUGAGGCGAGCGAGCGAAGCUUAGCUAGCGGAUAUAACAAGUCGUCGAUCUGCUUGCUGCUUUUGUGAAUUGCGGUGGAAGCAUGUCGAGCGCGUCGUCCAUGGAAGCGCUCCACGCCGCGGUGCUCAAGGAGGAGCAGCAGCAGCACGAGGUGGAGGAGGCGACGGUCGUGACGAGCAGCAGCGCCACGAGCGGGGAGGAGGGCGGACACCUGCCGCAGGGGUGGGCGAAGCGGAAGCGGUCGCGCCGCCAGCGAUCGGAGGAGGAGAACCUCGCGCUCUGCCUCCUCAUGCUCGCCCGCGGCGGCCACCACCGCGUCCAGGCGCCGCCUCCGCUCUCGGCUUCGGCGCCCCCGCCGGCAGGUGCGGAGUUCAAGUGCUCCGUCUGCGGCAAGUCCUUCAGCUCCUACCAGGCGCUCGGCGGCCACAAGACGAGCCACCGGGUCAAGCUGCCGACUCCGCCCGCAGCUCCCGUCUUGGCUCCCGCCCCCGUCGCCGCCUUGCUGCCUUCCGCCGAGGACCGCGAGCCAGCCACGUCAUCCACCGCCGCGUCCUCCGACGGCAUGACCAACAGAGUCCACAGGUGUUCCAUCUGCCAGAAGGAGUUCCCCACCGGGCAGGCGCUCGGCGGGCACAAGAGGAAGCACUACGACGGUGGCGUAGGCGCCGGCGCCGGCGCAUCUUCAACCGAGCUCCUGGCCACGGUGGCCGCCGAGUCCGAGGUGGGAAGCUCCGGCAACGGCCAGUCCGCCACCCGGGCGUUCGACCUCAACCUCCCGGCCGUGCCGGAGUUCGUGUGGCGGCCGUGCUCCAAGGGCAAGAAGAUGUGGGACGAGGAGGAGGAGGUCCAGAGCCCCCUCGCCUUCAAGAAGCCCCGGCUUCUCACCGCGUAAUUCAGCAGCUGCAUGGAUCCGAUCCGUCAGAGAGUUUUUGUCUAGGGAGUGAAAUUCAGUCGAAACACACUAUUCGUUGAUUCGUUUUGUGCCGCUAUUGUUUAAUUUGUUCCUGCUUUUGUACAGAGCAAGCGAGUGAUACAUAGCCAUACAUACAGUCAUACAGAUAUAGGUCUAGCUCUUCCUUGGUUCUUUGUAACACUGGAACUGUACCUGUAUCUUUUACACUUUGUUCUUUGACAGUCAUAUAUUGUAGACCAUAUUCGACCAUACUUGGAUUGUGUUUAGUUCAGCGUAAAGUUUGAAUUUUGGUUGAAA